AGCCGUUGGAUAUGGGUAGAGUCCCGACACUACGGCCCCCCCUGCCCCCCCAAAGGGGAGAAACACCUCAGCCCCUGUGCCCCCGCCACGACGCAACAAACGCUCCGGUCGCAACACCCCAGUUCCACCUGAUCAGGGUCCCGCUAAGCCAGCACUAGGUGUGAUGGGCAGCCUGAAGCGUAUGAUGGGUGGACGACCGCUGCCCCCCGCGCCCCCAAUGGGGAGAGAGCUACGUCUGCCCGCCGCAUCUUCUCCUCUCACAUUCACUGACCUUCCUGACCAUCAGCCACCAAGCCGAGACAGUGGAUAUCUGGAUUGGGAAAUGGACAGUCGGCAUCGUUCUGGCAGUCUCACAGCACUCAACUCUCCUUCUUUCGGUCCAAUCAUGCAUGCUCAGUCAAUGGCCCAACUCAACUGUCCCAGCUGUCACCAUCACGGCAUGGUUUGGGACUGGAACCAGAGCCACAUGACGGCUGGAGGGUUCGGGCCAGCGUGGGGAGGUCUACCCACUGGCACCUGGCACGGUUCUGCCAUGCUACCACCGUAUCGACCCGAGCCAGAGAUGGCACGCAGGAACAGUCUGAGAGCCCCACCUCGUCGCAGUCGCAGAGACCUCACCACAGAUGACGAGGAGGAUGGCACCUUGCAGAGACGGAGGAACACCUCACCAGUCCGCUCUAGACGAGGACCAAUGAGUGAUGAGUCCGAGGACGAGGUCAUGUCCCACCGAGGCAGUCGAAGACAUCGAAGAAGAAAUUCCCCUGUGUCGAGAAACGCAUCUCCAACCUUAUCAAGACGAGGCUCAAGAAAAAAGAGCUCUGUUGGUGUCGAAGAACUCAUUGCCAGGAGGGUGAAACAGAACGAAGAGGAAGCACUGAGAUCCAGACGAUUUGAUGAUGAGACAAUGUCAAACAGAGGAAGCAGAAGGUAUGACGAUGAAACUAUGUCGAACAGAGGAGGAAAAAGAUACGAUGAUGAAGUGAUGUCGAACAGAGGUGGGAAAAGAUACGAUGAUGAAGUAAUGUCGAAUAGAGGAGGCCGAAGGUACGAUGAUGAAACCAUGUCAAACAGAGGUGGCAGGAGAUUUGAGGAUGAAAGGUUAUCGAUGAAGAGUGGGAGAAGGCAAGAAUUAGAAAGAUAUGAUUUCACAGCGUGGAAACAGACGCAGUGAUUUUGAAGACUCAAUGUCAGGUAGAAGUCAGAAGUUGGAUGACGAUGUUUUGUCAAAUAGAGGUGGAAGAAGAAAUGAUUUUGAUGAGACUUUAUCAAACCGUGGAAGUCAGCGAGUUUCAGAUUCGAGAAGAAGACGUCGCUCAUCUCCAAACCAGACUAGAAUGUCUCCUGCGAUGUCAAGAAAAUAUUCGAGAAAUGCAAGCAGUGAAGAUUCGGGUGAUGAAUUGUCAGACGGGAUGAAGAAUUCAUCAUCAAUAACAAAUCAGUCCAAAAGAGAAAUAAGUAAUGAAAUUUCUACUGAAACCUCUGAGCACAAAGAAGAAGAAGUUGCUUUUUCAAGUGAUGUAGAUAAGCCUCUGGGACCUAUACCUACCGAGGAAUGGGAGUGUGAUCACUGCACGUUUGUGAACCAAGCUGGAAGUCGAGUAUGCAUGGUCUGCUGCAAAACAACAACCAAUCCAAAAUACAAACAACAAAACAAACCACAACGCAAACAACAACCCACACAAAGUAGCUCUCAGGUGGUCAAUGCUCCCAAGAAGAUGCGGCAAGAUUCAAGUACUUCACCUUUAAAAGAAGAAAAAAGCUCUGAGUGGCAAGAAAGAAGAACAUAAUUUGAAAGAAGACGGUCAAGCCAAACCCUCAACUAAACAAUUUAUAAGCCAAAAUAAUAUUGACAAUGGUGAUCUCUCAGAGAGGCUGAAGAAACAAUUAGUGAUCCCACCAUCCCCACCGGAAAAGAAGAAAGGUAGGCGGCGAACUAUCUCAUUUUGGCUCGGAUCAAAGCUUUACUCUUAACUAUGUACUGUGAUCAGCGUGUUUUAUAUAAAUACAUCAAUAAAUGUUAUUGUUUCCUAAA